AUGGAGCAUACAAACACUCCUAAUAGCAUGCAGGUCCGUUUUAUUCGGCUAGAAAUGACGGGACUUUCGCCUCACCUUCUCCUUGCACGCAAACUUAAACUAGCAACCUGGCCGUCUGCGAAAGUACGGCUCAAGCAAGACGAAACAUCGGCUCCUCAGGCUCGAGAGACCCAGACGCCAUCCAAGGACAACGAUGGUCACCCACUGGACGCCGGGGAUCCGAGCCGCAAGCAGGCUAUCCUAUGA